UGCAACACUUAAUAGGUCUGUGUGUGUACUACCCUUCGAACAUUUUAAUAAUAGAAGAAGCUUGGUGUUUUUUUUCAAAACACUGUUUUGGAAAAAAAAAGUAUUAUAAUGGCAACAUUAAGAAGUAUACUUACAACAGGAAAACGACGUACGAGAUUGCUUUGUGUAUUGUUCGGUGGGUUAAUAUUUGUUGUUACUGCUCUUCAAAUUUGGAACACGUUUCAUCUCAAUAACACACAAGGGAUUAUUACAGACGAUUGUUCUAUCACGAGGGAUUCACUUGUGUGUAAAUUUGGAAAGGCUUGGGACACGUCUGGUAAACAUACAGAUUCUGCAAAGGAAGUAAAGCAUAUAGCAUUUCUAAAAGCUCACAAAGUCGCUGGUUCAACUGUAAUGAAUCUAUUUAUGCGUUUUGGCUAUUCACGAAACUUGACAUUUGUUUUACCAAAAAAUAGCAAGAAUGUUAUCAGCCAGCACGGGUACCUGAACGACAGGGAUAUCCACCCUCAAAUUGAUCAGGGAAGGUUCGACAUGUUAUGUCACCACGUGGUAUACAAUCAGAGUGCAUGGCAACGUUAUUUACAUAAAGAUGCGUUCUACGUCAGCAUUAUACGUGAUCCGUUCGAUCAGUUUUUGUCAUCUUUUCAUUACUUCCGGAAGGUGUGGGGAGUCCCAUAUCUUCACAACAUAACAGGGGAAUUCCCAAUGACAGAGCUGCUUCGUCAUCCUGAACGACAUGAACCAAAGUUACCAGCAUAUUCAUUCACAAAUAACAGAAUGGCCUUGGACUUUGGCUUUCCUCCAUCACUCUUUGACAACCCUUUACCAGAACAGAUAACAAAAUACAUCUCCUACUUGGAUUCGAGCUUCCACUUUGUCAUGAUCAAAGAACAUUUCGACGAAUCUGUUGUGUUACUUAAACAUUUUCUUAGCUGGACCAUGAAGGACAUUCUUUAUGUUAGACAGAAUACUAUCAGUUUUUAUCGCCUUCAUCACGACAUUCAACCAGGAGACCGCGAGCUUCACCGACAAAGAGCACCAUUGGAUUACGCUUUAUAUGAAUACUUCCUGUUACGGUUUUGGAAACAGAUCAGACAACAAGACGCCGAAUUUCACAGGGAAGUGCUGUAUUUCAAACACCUACGGGGGUCUGUGGAAACGUUUUGUAGACAUGUUUUCAUGAAGGAUAUUGGAGUUUUCGAAACAAACCACAACCAAUGGCACAUGCCAUUUAAAGUGACCAAGGAAGACUGUUAUUUGAUAAUGAUGAACGAAAAUGACUUUUCCGUACUUUUAAAACGGAAACAGUAUCCGUACCUACAACCUACAAGUGAAAGUAGAUAUGGACCAAAGCGCUCACGUAAAAGGACUCCCCGUAGGUUAUUACCUCCUCAUCGUCCAAAUAUAUUCAAGGAGCCAUUGUAAAACGAGGCAUACAAUUGUUAAACCCAACAAGAUAUGUUUCAUUUGCCUUUUUAUUAGAUAUCAUUAUUUGAUGUGUAUUCAUUGACAAAACAGUAUUUUUUUAUGGUAUAACAUUUUUUUUGCAUUCGUUGACCUCCUUGAUUGAGUGAUUGAUUGAUUGAUGGGGCUUUCCGUCCUUGUUCUGGUUAUAACCGAGCCUAGGACAAAAUAGGAGGUGGAGGUCGAUGGCUGCAAUCCGCUUUUCGAGUUUUGCGAAAAAGUUCUAAAAUGGAGGAUAUGGGUGCCUAACGUUCUAGUUUCUAUAAUUUAGGGAUUGUAAUUUGGAUUGUCACUUAAAGCCCUACACUAGUCUAAAUAUAUAACCUAUACUCUGUGGCGGCUAGCAAUUAGCCUACUCUUUAUCGAAAGCCAGCAGAGUGAUCUUUAACGUGCAAGGCGUGACUCUCCUUACACCGGACCCCAUUUAACGUCCCUUCCGAAGGACAGGAAGGUUAGAGAACAGCGUGAGGGAGUGUGAACAAAGGUCUUAUGAAAAUAGCCUGUAAGAGUUUGUAGGUAUGUUAUUGUUUAAGGAGGAUUUAUAAACACAAAUUGUAUAACCCCCUCCGGUGGGUACUUAUACAAGUCCUGAUGUGUUUGAAUAGUUAGAAGGGGGAAUUUGUAAAGGAUGUUGAUACUGUAGAGUAUAGGGUGCGGUAUAGAACCUGCUGGGGUUGUGUUAGUUUGAGUGUUAAGGUUAGGUGAUUUAUGUGGUUUGAUAUGCAAACACUGUCUUUCAGGAGGCUGUGCCAUGAUUGAAGUUGGUACGGAUAGACCCCACCCAUUGACCAAGGGUAUGUGUUAUUGUGAGUGUGUCUUGUAUGUUGGUGAAGUACUGUUAUUGAUGUUUGUAUGUUUUAGAGGGUACUUAUACAUUGUUGUAAAUGGAGUCCUAUCAAAUCUGAUUUUAUAAAUACAACACCACAGACCACUCACUUAUACAAGUGCACCUGACGAGGUGGGAAGCUGCAAAUUUUGUGUUUGAAGAUUUGUUUAAAUUUAUUUGAUGUGAUAUGGGAGUGUUGCACAGAGGAGGAGACUCCAGACCUCCUGGAACCUCAGUAUAUACCAAUGUAUGGGCAGACGAGUAGCAGUCCACCCUGGUAUAGCCUCCCUGGGUAUCCUUGGGACUUACACGGCUUUAGGUACUUAACGGUGUUUGUUUGUGUUUUGUUUCUUAUUUAAUAGGCAUUUAUUUUAUUUUAACAACACAGAUCAUUCACUUUUGCAAGUGCACCUGACGAGGCGAGAAGCUGUGGUUGUUUGAUUUGAGGAUUUAAUCUAGUUCAAUGAGUUCAUUGUCUAUGGAAGGGGAGUUACUGCGUCAAUUAGAAUCAUACUUGAGGGGAAAAGGUCGAGAAUAGGAAGGUUGAAUGAGAAUGGCAGUGCAUGUUACUUGCUUAAAACAGCAUUCGAUAUGAAUCAUUAUCAAUAAA